AUGACGACGCCGGGCCAAGAUGCCAAGUUCUUCCAGCGCGGCAAAAUCCAGGAGUUUCGGGCAGAGUUACAAGCUGCCGAGACGAAGGACAAGAAGUUUGUGAAGCGCAAGACGGUGCUGAAGAAGAUCGUCGCGAAUAUCACCAUGGGCAACGACAUGUCACCAUUAUUCACGGACGUGGUGCAGUGUCUUGGCACGCCGUUACUUGAGAUCAAGAAGAUGGUCUACCUGUUCCUGGUGUAUUAUGGCCGAGCCAAGGCCGACCAGAUCCAUCUCGUUAUACCCAGCUUCCUACAGGACUGCAACGACCGAAGUCCACUCAUCCGCGCCCUCGCCAUCCGCACCAUGUCCUACAUCCCCAUCCCCGUCGUCCUGGACAACUUAACCGACCAACUCCGCCACGCGCUCAAAGACCGAGACGCAUAUGUCCGCAAGACCGCCGCCAUAUGCGUAGCCAAACUCUACACGGCCGACCCGCGCAAGGCAGAACGCGGCCGGUUCGUUGAGGCGCUGCGCGAGUUGUUGAACGACGCGAACGCCACGGUUGUCGCCAAUGCCGUUGCCGCGUUAUCUGAGAUUGCAGAUAGGCCGGAUGGAGUCAUCUUCAGAUUGAACCUCGCAACGGCGAAUAAGCUCGUUACGGCGUUGGGCGAGAGCUCGGAGUGGGGACAGAUAUACAUCGUGGACGCGUUAUUGCGCUUCGUGCCGCAGACGCAUGGCGAGGCGGAGAUCCUGGGCGAGCGCGUCAUUGUGCAACUACAACAUGCAAACUCUGCUGUCGUGCUCACGACGACGAAGCUCUUGCUGUUCCUUAUGAACUACAUGGAAAACCGUCGGUUGAUUGACUACAUCUGUAAGAAGAUGGGACCUCCGUUGGUCACGCUGCUCUCCUCCGGUCCAGAAGUGCAAUACGUCGCACUACGGAACAUCCUACUCAUCAUCCAGCGAAGACCGAGCGUGCUCAAGAACGACGUCAAAGUCUUCUUUUGCAAGUAUAAUGACCCGAUCUACGUCAAGCUCGCCAAGCUGGAGAUCAUGUACCGGCUCGCGGGUGAGGAGAAUGCGCGCGAGGUUCUCGCCGAGUUGGAGGAGUACGCGUCAGAGGUCGACCUUGACUUCGUCCGCAAGGCGGUCCGCUCGAUCGGGCGUCUAGCCAUCAAGGUCGAAGCAGCCGCGGACGCCUCGAUCAAGACCCUGCUCUCCCUUCUCGAGACGAAGGUCACAUACGUCGUCCAAGAAGCCACCAUCGUUAUCAAAGACAUCUUCCGUCGUUAUCCUGGCAAAUACGAGGGCAUCAUCCCGACGUUGUGCGAGAACCUCGACCUUCUCGACGAGCCCGAGGCGAAAGCGGCCAUGAUCUGGAUCCUCGGUCAAUUCGCAGAUCGAAUCGACAACGCCGAUGACCUUCUUGACGAUCUCACGUAUAACUUCUUGGAAGAGACAACGGAGGUGCAGCUCGCGUUGCUCACGGCCAGCGUCAAGCUUUUCAUCUACAAGUCCAACGUGCAAUCCGUCAAGACGUUGGUGCAUAAGGUGUUGAAGUGGGCUACGGAGGACGUGGACAACCCCGAUUUGCGUGAUAGAGGAUUCAUGUACUGGAGGUUGCUGGCGAUCAAUCCGGCUGUGGCUGGAGAGAUUGUGCUCGCGGAGAAGCCGCCCAUCACGACGGAUAGCGAUAGGAUGGAUCGUGGGGCACUGGACCAGUUGCUCAUGCACACGGGUACUUUGGGUAGUAUAUACCAUAAGAAUCCCGAGACCUUCAUUCGUGGCGCAGCAGGCAAAGCGCUUACAGAUAGCCCUGCUCUCAAUGCACACAGCCGACAAGUGCUCGUAUCACUUGCCCGCGAACCACCACCAUCCAUCGACAAGAUUCGCGUCGCAGGCCCUGGUCCCGUCGAACCUGGCAUGGCUGCUGCGACCGACAAACCCGCACCACCAUUGCCCACAGGCGCAGAGCCUGACGCGGAUCUACUCGGUGAAGACGAUGACGACACGGGUAACGGCGCGGGUAAUGACAGUGACGCGGAAGAGGAGCGCGCGGGCGAUAAGGCGCGCCCAGCAGCAAGUACGGUCGAGGACCCAUACUCCAAUCUCGACGCACUGGGCAGCUUCGGUGGAUCGAGCUCAGGCAAUGCACGACAACAGCCGCUCGAGCAUGAGGAACUGCUGAUAUAG